AUGGAAGAUAACACGUCCAAGCCUGGCGGCAUCGUGGUGAUCUCGGGCGGAACCGCCGCCAAUUUUCUGGUGGACGUCUUCAACCUCAUCAUCCAAAAGCGAAGCUGUCCGCUCAGCUAUGUCAUCCCCAUCAGCGACAACGGCGGAAGCUCCUCGGAGCUCAUCCGUGUGUUUGGAGGCCCAAGCGUGGGCGACAUACGGAGUCGCCUGGUACGGCUGAUCCCCAGCCAGACCGACAAUGGAGACGAGGAAAACACGGCGCUCCGAGCCCUGUUUGAGCAUAGACUGUCGGCGGACCCGACUCAGGCCAAGGCCGAAUGGCUCGAGAUCGUGGAGGGGAGCCAUCUCCUGUGGAGCUUCGUCUCGAGCCCCAAGCGGGAGCUCAUCCGGUCGGUGCUGAACACGCUGAACCUGGAGAUCGUCAAGCGCUCCAGGCCGACGUCACUGUUCAACUUUUCCAAGGCCAGCGUUGGGAACAUGUUCCUCACCGGGGCACGCAUCUUCUCGGGCUCGUUCGAGGCGGCGAUAUACCUCUUGUCCAUAAUAUGCCGCAUCCCGACGUCAAUCUCGGUGCUGCCCUCCAUCAACUCCAACUUUACGCACCACAUCGCGGCCUCCCUCGAGGACGGCACGACGCUGACCGGGCAGGUGGCGAUAUCGCACCCCUCGGAGCCGACGGCCGUGCCAGACGCCGGGGGUGCCUCGGGCGUCGGGACGGCGUUUGGGGGAGGGGCGGCGGCGGCGGCGAUUGCGGCCGAGGACGCGACGCUGCCCGGGUCGCUGUCGGCGCUGCGGUCGCCCAACAUCAGCUUCAGCAAGGACGACGAGGAGGACCUGCCGGCGCGCAUCGGGCGCGUGUGGUACAUCAACCCCUACGGGCACGAGAUCUGGCCCGUGGCGAACCCAAAGGCGCUGGCGGCGCUGCGGGCGUGCGACACGGUCGUCUAUAGCAUCGGCAGCCUCUACACCAGCAUCAUCCCCAACCUCAUCCUGCGCGGUGUCGGGGCCGCCAUCGCGGGGGACGCCGCCGGCGGGGGAAGAGACGGCGGCAGCGGCGAGGUGGCGGUGACGACGGCGGCGGCGCGCAGGAAGGUCCUGAUCCUCAACGCCACUGUGGACCGCGAGACUGGCCCGCGGUCGGACCCCAUGGACGCGGUCGACUUCGUCAAGGCGCUGGCGUGCGCAGCGGCCAGCAGCCUACAGGCGGCCGUCAUGUCCACGGCCGACGUGGCCGACGACGAGAUCCGGCGUUACGUCACGCAUCUGGUGUACCUGGACAGGGGUGAGGGCGGGGGCCACCAACAACACCUCAAGGCUGGUGGCGACGGCCCCCGCGUGGAGCUGGCGCCGGUGGUGGACGAGGCAGCGCUCGCGGCCCUGGGCAUCAGCUGCCUAAAAGUUAGGGGCAGGCUGGUUCGUACCGGUGGCGGCUCUGGCGCCGCUGUGCCGAGGUACGACGAGGACGAGCUAGCGGCCGCCUUGGAGGCGAUCAUGGAUUCGGCCCUUUGA